GAUGAGAAUUCCCCAAAGUAGAAUAUUCUGUCCAGUUUCAGUUCAGAAAUCAACUCUAAAUUAAAUUGUUUUCAUAACUUUUAGAAAUGAAAUGUGUGUGAAAAAUUAAAUGCUAUUAUUGGUGCCGAAAAUUUACCGUAAAUAUGUUUGAAUAUAUUAAGAUAUUUCGUUGAAAUUUUUCACAACAAAAAACAGAGAACCCUGCUUGAAAGAUUUAAAAGUUUUUGCAACUUCUCAGAACACAAUACCAACCCUAAGCAGUGAAUGAAGUCGAGUCGUGGCAGCAGGCGGCGCCCCACAAUUUUGGUUAAGCCACUGACGCCGUUGAAAAGUCACUGCCACAAAGCGUCCUUUAAUUCGUAAAUACAAGCCAACAGGACAACAACAUCAGGACGACAAUUAAACCACCAUUCAAAUAUGUUCCGAGAUAUGAUUUGUGUUGAAACCUCCAAAGGAGAUAUGGGUGUGCACAUUCCAGAUUUUUUAAAGGCUAUUGAGGAAAGGCCGGUAAAUUCUAUAUGAUUAUGGCCCCAACAGAGUCAAUUAUGGAAAUGUACGCGCACAGAUGGAAGAGGCUUGGCUUCAAAUAGCUAAUAUUGUAAUGCCGACCUUUAAGGAGCUACCUGAAGAGGAACAAAUGACCAUAGCUAAGCAGAAGUUAAACAAUAUUUUCAAGGGAUUGAAAGGUAGAGCUCUAAAGACUAUUCGCAAGAACAUGGAACGUGAUCCUACAACCAAACCAACUAAGGUCAGGAAGGAAAUUGAAUUUUUUUUAAAGUACAAAGGUCUCGAUUCUGACGGUAAUCCUGCCACAAUUACCGAAGUGCAACCAAAAAAACCAAUUGUAGCCAAAGUCAUAGCACAGAAAAAAGUACCUAAAUGCCCACCCCAGGCUGCAGAAGUAAAUCAAAACCACAUUUCCACAUCUGUUUUUGCACAAAUGUUUAGCGAUGAAUACGAACCACAAGACGACAGCAAUAUGAUGGCCAAUCCAGGAUGCUCCACCGCAGAUAUACGGAUACAACAACAACAAAACAUAUGUGCAGAUUAUGAUAUGCAAACCCCAGCCGUGUACCAUGAUAAUGCUGAUUGGGCUUUUUUCGAAUCUCUUAUACCCGUUGUUUGUGAAAUGAAUGAUCAACAAAAGUUGGACUUUAAAAUAGAACUUAUGCAACUCUUAAAGAAAUAUUGAUUUAAAAAUAACAUUUUGUUAAGCACACUGGUUGGAAGUGGAACAACAGGACUUUGGUUGGUACAAGUCUUUGAGAGGCCACUUUUAUGUAUUAUAUGAAUUCUGUCUUAUAAUUCCUUUAAAGUAAAGGAAUACCGUUGUUUUUUUAAUAAAUGGGAAAAAUAAAGUUACUAAAAUACCUAUAUACUUAAAUAUAAAUAUUUUU